GACUCACAUAUAGACAUAUACGCGUACUCACGUACACGCGCACGCACGCGUAGUUUGUGAAUCGAACAUGGCGACUGCACCCGUCUAUUGCGUCUGCAGAUUACCUUACAACGUGACUCAAUUUAUGAUUGAAUGCGAUGCUUGCAAAGACUGGUUCCACGGCAGUUGUGUUGGUGUGGAUGAAGAUGAUGCCCCAGAUAUUGACCUAUAUCAUUGUCCAAACUGUGAGAAGACCCACGGCAAGUCAACAUUAAAAAGGAAAAAGAAUUGGAACAAACAUGACACUUGGCAAAACACAGAUAUCCAAGCUGUUCAGAAUGGCAGUCAAGUUUUCAUAAAGGAGCUCCGUAGCAGAACAUUUCCAAGUGCUGACGAUAUUGUUGUUAAACUAAAUGGAAAUCAACUGACAAUGGAUUACCUGGAAGAAAACGGUUUCGAUGAACCCAUCCUUGUUCAGAAGAAAGAUGGUUUAGGGAUGUCUAUGCCACCUCCCACGUUCUUCAUCAGUGAUGUGGAAAAUUAUAUUGGUCCUGAUGUCAGUGUUGACGUUGUUGAUGUCACCAGACAGACUGAUAGCAAGAUGAGGCUUAGAGAGUUUGUUGAUUAUUAUUACAGCACGAACAGAAAGAAAGUAUUAAAUGUAAUCAAUCUGGAGUUCUCUGAUUCAAGGAUGAACAGUAUUGUGGAGAGCCCUCAAAUUGUGCAGAGCUUGUCUUGGGUUGAAAACUACUGGCCUGAAGAUGCUCUGCUUGGAAAGCCAAAAGUCACUAAAUACUGUCUGAUCUGUGUCAAAGACAGCUACACAGACUUCCACAUUGAGUGUGGUGGUGCCUCUGUCUGGUAUCAUGUAUUAAAGGGAGAAAAAAUCUUCUUUCUCAUCAAGCCUACAUCUGCCAAUCUUUCUCUCUACGAGCGUUGGAGGUCAUCAUCCAAUCACAGCGAAAUGUUCUUUGCUGACCAAGUGGACAAGUGUUAUAAAUGCCCUCUGAGGCAAGGACAGACUUUGUUCAUCCCAUCAGGUUGGAUCAACGCUAUUCUGACUCCUGUUGACUGUUUGGCAUUCUCUGGCCAUUUUGUCCACAACUUGAGUGUUGAGAUGCAGAUGAGGGCAAAUGAAAUUGAGAAGCGAAUGAAGCUGAAAACCCUCACCCCCUUCCCAAACUUUGAGACAGCAUGCUGGUAUGUGGGACGUCAUCUCCUUGAACGAUUCAAAGGAUUACAUAAAGCAAAUAAGCAGCCAGCACCAUAUCUGAUUCAUGCUGCCAAAAUCAUCAAUGGAGCCUUUAGAGCAUGGACAAAAAAGCAGGCCCUCUUAGAACAUGAAGAUGAGCUUCCAGAAAACAUGAAACCCUCUCAGCUCAUCAAAGAUCUCGCCAGAGAGAUUAGACUCUCAGAGAAUGCAACUAAAGCCAUGAAGAGUGAGGAACCAGUGGAGGACCCCCGAUCACCUCAUUUGGAUCCAGGAAAUUCCAUUUCACCAGCUCAGGUUCCCUCACUGAGCUUUGAAAUAGCCAGAAAGAAACCCUUCAUCCCCUCUAAACCCCAUAGACCUCCCAAACUCCCAAAACCUCCGAAAACGAUAAAGCCCAAACACGGCGGUACGAAGAAAAUUAAAAAUAUAAAAGAUGCACCCCCUCCACCUAAACCCUCCAAUUUCACAGCUUUGGAAUCCCAUGCAAAGGAUAUCUUGAGUAAGAUGGACCAGCCAAAGAAACCAAAGGCUGUGAGGAAUAUUGUGACGAUAUCAGGGAAGGAAGCAUUGAAGCAAACUGAAAAGUUUGAAAAUAGAGAGCAGAUUAAAAACAAGACUGAGGCAAGAUGGAAAUACAAGAAUAGUAAACCAGACUCCCUGCUAAAAAUGGAAGAAGACUGCAAAUUUGACAGGACAUCAGUUUUAGGCAAUAAAAUCAGCUUUACACUACCUCACAAGAAAUUCCUGAGCUCAAAGACACCAAAAACUCAGACUGACACAAGUAUUUUUGGGAUGCAAAACAUAAAAGAAGACAAACCCAAGCCAUUGAGAGAUGAGUAUGAAUACGUCUCUGAUGAGGGAGAACUGAAGAUUGAUGAAUUCCCAAUUAGACGGAAGAAAAAUACUGCAAAGAGAGACGUUUCCUUUUGGUCAGAAGUCACAGAAACAAUUCAGCCAACCAAAAAAACAAGGACCAAGGCCUUGGUGUCAAAGAAUCAGAGUGCUGAUUCUUCAGAUGAAGAAACUCUCCACAUAGACACAGACAUAAAGCCUGAGGAUAAAUGUCACAACUUCAACACAAUAAUUAAUAAAAAAAGUGCCAGUGCGGCAGGUAUACUUGACUUGCUGCAGGCCAGCAAACAAGUGGGUGGAAUUGACUACAGCACCAACAGUCAGCCACCCGCAUCUCCAAGCACACAGGAGGCCAUUCAGGGCAUGCUGUCCAUGGCUAACCUCUCAUCGUCAGACAACUUCCAACAAUCGUGGAGCAGUAAUAGUCAGUCUAAGAACAUCUGGCAUGUGCACAGCUCACUAGCCAGUAAGAAGACCAUGAGAGGAGUUGGCAUUGGUCACAGCAGCAACAGCAGGCAGUUCACCAAAUAUCUCUUGAAGAAAGCCCGGAAGAACAGCAGUAUUGAGAGUCUUGAUUAUGAUGACCAGGAUCACAUGGAUGCAUGCUUUAAAGACUCAGACUAUGUUUAUCCUUCACUGGAGUCUGAGGGGGAUAAUCCCGUUUUCAAAUCCAGAUCAAAAAAAAGGAAAAACAAUGAUGACAUUCCGUACAGCCCAACAGCUCGUGUAGGACCCUCAGUUCCUCGACAGGAAAGGCCUGCGAGAGAAGGAGCACGUGUAGCAUCCAUAGAAACAGGCUUGGCCGCUGCAGCAGCAAAACUCUCUCAUCAGGAGGAGCAACAAAAAAUUAAAAAGAAGAAAAUCAUCAACAAAAAAACAACAGUGAUCGAGGAGCCACUCCAAAUCUCUCAAGAUAGUAGCUUAUCAGAUCACAAUCUGGACUCUCAAGAUGUCAGCCUCAUCGAACACGAGUUGAUCAGUGAAACAGACAAGUUGCAAGGAGUGCCACAGGCCAUGGCACCAGGAGUGUUCCUCAGCCAAAGAAGACCAUCAAUUUCUUCUCCUAAUAGUAACUCAACUGGCACCAAUAGUAACUCCAUGACAAGAGGGGAUCGUGGAGUUUCUGCUGAUGCUAAAACGGCUAAAGAAAGGCAUGGCUACAGCAAAACAGAGACUUGGGAAGAUUUUAAAGAUCCAUCGAAAUGGAAAACUCCUCCUCUAACAUGCAGCAAACUGCAGGACUGGGAUGUUGUUGAACUGAGUUCCACCCUCUUGUUUUACAUGAUUAAAGUUAACAGCAACAAAAAACAUCAGAUCGGAAAGAAGAAAUCAUGGAUUUUUCAAUUUCAAAACUAAUAUCGCACAUACAUUACUGCCUCUUCUCAUACUUUAUAACUUUGAGAUAUUGAUGUGUACAUACCUACUAUACAUAUUUUUAAUAAAACGUCUCCCUUUACAUCAGUUUUCAGGAGUUGCUAAAAUAUGAAGCAGAAGUCCAUUGCAGGUGUUCAAAAAAUUUCUCAAAUUUUCGAUUCUAAGUAUUCACUUACAUGUAUCCUCGGUUUUGGGAAUUUUCACAAAAUUUCCCUUUGGAUGCUGGGUACUAUUGCACACACAUUAUUGGAGCAACAUUAUUUUAUUUGUUAGCUUCCACACAAGACUUACCACAGAACAGAGUUGUUUAAGUCAUCCUGAGAAAAUACUAUUUUGUUAAGUAAGUUUCCAAGUCCAUAUCAGAAUCAUUGGUUAUUUUUUUUUGUACUGAGUCAGUAGAAACUAGGAUUUUAUGAAAUUAAAAAGCACAAAGUGAAUGUGAGUAGCAACAACAUAUUUAUCUAAGCUAAUGGGAAAUCUAGGACAUCUGGACAAACUUGUUGGUACAUCUCUGUUGAUAAAAUAACAAAACCCCACAAUCAUCACAAAAAUAACUCGAGACUGACUAAAGAAAUAAAAAUUAACUAAAAAUUAACCGAUGAUUUCGGUUACUGUGUAUGAGACUUGUAGUAUGUUUCACCAAAUAUUUGGCAUGCCACUCAUGAACAAAGUUGUCCAACCUUCUCAGGUUUGAAGUAUGCCCUCUCAAAACUUGCAAUUGUUAUUUCUAGUAUAUCCCGGGCAACUGCACUGAGACUACCCGAUCUCAGAAGCUCAGCAUGGUUGGUCCUGGCUAGUAGUUGGAUGGGAACCCACGUAGUAAUACCAAUUGCUGGAGUUGGGCAGUUGAUUAAGGCACUGCUCAUGUAAAGCUAUUUAUUAUACAAACAACACUUGGGACCUAAUGUGCCUCAUUGCACUAGGAGCUCUGUAAAAAAAAACGAAAAAAAAACUGUAUAUUAGCAUUCUUCACAGGACUGUGAAAAGUCCUUGGUUCUGGGGAAUUCCAUGGAUUUUCCACUUUGAAAAAUCAUUUAUGUACAUUGUGUAAAUUUCCCCCAAAAUAUUCUGGAUCUUAACAUAUUAGUAGUUUGUAAUCAGGAUUGUCAUUUACAACAAUGAUGACCAUAUUACAGCAAGCAAGAAAUCCUUCUCCAUUGAUAUUUUAUCGGUGGAAUCUUUCCACACAUUUAAAUUCAUUGUAUGCUAUCAAGUUUUUGCAUUAAUAAGUUUAAAGAGAAGAGAGGGAGGACAGCAAGCUUGAUAAGGAUUAUGGGAUCAAGGAUCAAGGAAUUGGUGCUUGCUGAAUUUAAAAGUCAGAAUUGAAAACCUUCACAAAAAUAUUAGAAAGAUUAAAGAAUCAGGGAAAGCAUACUGCAUCUUGUUUCAUCAGGAUGUGAAGUAUGAAUCUGGGAGGGAGAAUAUGAUUCGAUCACCUCAACAGAAAAAAAGCAUUCAAUUAACCCUGGUUAAAAUGAACCAGUAAUAUUGUGGAUUACAAAGUAAUUUGCAAUCACAUUUCCAUGAAUUUGCUAUGUACUUACUAAUGUAGUUAAUGUUAGUUGUUUGACUUAAUCUACAAGUCUUGAAUCUUAUAUGUAUAAUUUCAUAAACAGGUAUGUGUGCUUGUGUGUGUGACAGGGAGCCCCCCCACUUCGGUUUUACAUUUUCCAUUUCACAGCCCUGGUUUUGGAACACUCCAUUAGACUUUUUUUUUUUUAUUAUUUUUUUUUUAUCCUGACAUGAGACCUGUGACGAAGCUUUGUGACAAUAGGCAGCACAUUCCUCUCCCUCUGCCUUUCUCAUCUUUAGAUUCCUUUUCAUUCAAUAUAUAGUGGUGUGAAAAAGGAUUGGCCCACUUCUCAAAUUUAUAUAUUCUUGCAUUAUUGCAAAUAAAACCCAUACAAACAAAAGACUGUUUCCAAGUGGUGAUUUUAUUUCUUAAAGGUAUAUUGUAUUUUAUAAGGGCGUCACGGUGGCUUAGCUGGUAAAGCGUUGGUCUCAUAGUUCUGAGGACCUGGGUUGGAUCACAGCCCCGCCUGUAU